AAAAUGGAAUUUCAAAUACAAACAUAUAUCAUAGGAUUUAUUUUAAUUAUUUUGACAAUAUUUUAUUUGAUAACAAAAAAAUUAAAUUACUGGGAAAAUCUUGGUGUACCUGGUCCAAAACCAGUGCCAAUAUUUGGUAAUUUUACUAAAUUGUUUUUGAAAAAAUUAACAGUUGGUCAAGUGAUUCAAAAUAUAUAUACAAAAUGGAAACAUGAAGCAUUUGUUGGAGUUUACAAAGGUCACAGUCCUCAAUUAAUAAUCAAUGAUCUUGAUUUGAUAAAAACAAUAUUAAUCAAAGAUUUUGAUACAUUUAAUGGCCGUGGAAUUGCUGUAAAUGAGGACAUUGAUCCACUCACUGCAAAUAUUGUUAAUAUUGAUGGACCAAGAUGGAAAUUUAUACGUGCUAAACUAACACCAUUAUUUACAACUGGAAAAUUAAAACAAAUGAUUGAAUUGAUGGUAGAAUGUGCUGAUCAAUUUGAAAUAUAUUUAUCAAAUCAAUUGAAAAAAUCAAACGUCAUUGAUUGUCGAGAAGUUGCUGCGAAAUUUACAACUGAUGUCAUAGGUUCAUGUGCAUUUGGAAUAAAUAUGAAUGCAUUAUCAAAUGAUGAAAGUGAAUUUCGUACAGUUGGUAGAAAAUUAUUUGAAUCAAAUUUUUAUACGCUAAUGAAACGUUUAUUUAGGGAAAUUUCACCACAGUUGUUUACCUCUUUAAAAAUAAGCCUAAUAGAUUCAAAAAUAAAUAAAUUUUUCAUAGAUACAAUUAAUGAAACAAUUGACGUUAGAAAAAAUAAUAAUAUUGUUAGAAAUGAUUUAAUUGAUUUAUUUAUUAAUAUUAAGAAAACAGAGAAUAAUAAUGAAAUUCAAUUUACUGAUAGUCUAAUGACUGCUCAGGCAUUUGCAUUUUUUGUUGGAGGUUUUGAGACAAGUAGCACUUUAAUUUCCAUGUCACUCUAUGAACUUGCUAUUGAGCAAAAAAUACAGGAAAAAUUAAGAAACGAAAUCAUUGAAACAUUGAAGAAUAAUGAUGGACAAUUAAGUUAUGAUGUUAUUAACAGUAUGAAAUAUCUCGACAUGGUAAUGCAAGAAACCCUGAGAAAAGAUCCACCAGUUUCAACGCUUAUUAGGAAAGCUUGUAGAUCAUAUAAAAUACCAGAAACAAAUACGACAAUUGAAAAAGGAACAAACGUUAAUAUACCAGUUUAUGCUAUUCAUCAUGAUCCAAGCUAUUAUCCAAGUCCAGAGAAAUUUGAUCCUGAACGUUUUACUGAUAGUGCCAAGGCCCAGAGACAUCCUAUGACACUUUUAGCUUUUGGGGAUGGUCCUAAAAAUUGCAUAGGACUUCGGUUUGCUGGUUAUCAAUUUAAACUAGGUAUUAUUAAAGUUUUAAAAAAUUAUAUUGUCAAACCAUCAAAGUCAACAGUGGUACCAUAUGAAAUUGAUAAAGGCUCAGUUAUUUUAACUCCAAAGAAUGGUAUUCAUCUUGUCUUUGAGCCGCUUUGAGAUUGUUUAAAAUGCACAAUUAUUCUCAAAGAUAAAAGUAACAGUACAUCAUUAGUAUAGCAAUAAUUAUUAUUAUAAUAAAUACUAAUAUUACAUGGAAAAUAUAAACACUUGAAAAAAUUGCUGAAUUUAAACUUAAAAGUCUACGUUUACUGCCAUUAUUUAGUAAUUGCAUAAUCAAUUAUUGUUAUAGCUAGCAAUACAUAAACAAAAAUGUUUAAAAUAUCAAUGAAAAAAUUGCUCGUCUUGCAAAAUA